AUGACUACUACGACUACUACGACUACUACGACUACUACGACUACUACGACUACUACGACUACUACGACUACUACGACUACUACGACUACUACGACUACUACGACUACUACGACUACUACGACUACUACGACUACUACGACUACUACGACUACUACGACUACUACGACGACGACGACGACGACGACGUACUAUUAUUGCGACGGAAUUGACAUUCGCGGUGCAGACCGGACUAACUGGAUUGGGAUUAAUGAGUGGGGCUGA